AUGUACAGUCAACAAAAUGAGAAAGUUUCAAAGGUUGUUAAUCAAAACGCUCUCGGAAACAAUCAAAUGAUUUCUCCAGCAAUUCAAAAAGACCUUAUGUGUGCUUGUGCCUCUGAGAUCACACUUUCCAUAAUUGAAGAUAUUGGAAACAAUGUUUUCUCCUUAAUGAUUGAUGAAUCUCGAGAUAUUUCAGUGAAGGAGCAAAUUGGAGUUGUUUUGAGAUAUGUGAACAAAAGAGGACAGGUGAUUGAACGAUUCCUUGCAAUUGUACAUGUAUCUGACACUAGCUCUCAUUCUUUGAAGGAUGCUGUCGAUGCUUUAUUUGUGAAACAUGGAUUAUCAUUAUCUAGACUGAGAGGUCAAGGAUAUGAUGGAGCUUCAAAUAUGCAGGGUGAAUUCAAUGGGUUGAAAUCUCUCGUUUUGCAAGAAAAUCCAUAUGCAAGAAACUCGUUCGACUUUGUGAUUUAUAUCUUGAGGACUUCUCAACAAAUGAUUGAUCCAAAUUUUUUUGGAAUUGAAGAUUUGGGAAGUUUUGCUCAGAAAAUUGUUGAAACUCUAAAAAAUCAAGCUUAUCCAUUGGUUUAUCAUCUAAUUGAGAUGACAUUAGUUUUACCAGUUGCGACCGCUUCUGUUGAAAUAGUAUUUUCUGCGAUGAAGAUGAUAAAGACUGAUUUACGUAACAGAAUGGGAGACGAGUGGAUGAAUGACAGUCUAGUCGUAUAA